CGCUGACCCCAAAUACCGGCCGUGCCUUGUCCCCACCCCCGGCCCCAUAUGGGCUGUGCCCUGUCCCGGUUCCGACCCCAUAAAGGCCGUGCCUUGUCCCGGUUCCGUCCCUAUAUCGCCCAUGCUUUGUCCCGGUUCCAUCCCCAUAAAGGCCGUGCUUGGUCCCGGUCCCGGUCCCAAAUGGGCCAUGCCUUGUCCCGGUUCUGUCCCUAUAUCGCCCGUGCCUUGCCCCGGUUCCGUCCCCCCACAUGGGCUGUGCUUUGUCCCGGUUCGGUCCCCAUAUCGUCCGUGCCCUGUCCCGGUUCCGACCCCAUAAAGGCCGUGCCUUGUCCCGGUUCCGUCCCUAUAUCGGCCAUGCCUUGCCCCGGUUCCGACCCCAAAUGGGCCGUGCCCUGUCCCGGUUCCGACCCCAUAAGGGCCGUGCUUGGUCCCGGUCCCAAAUGGGCCAUGCCUUGUCCCGGUUCUGCCCCUAUAUCGCCCGUGCCUUGUCCCGGUUCCGUCACCCCACAUGGGCUGUGCUUUGUCCCGGUUCGGUUCCCAUAUCGGCUGUGCCUUGGUCCGGUUCCGUCCCCCCAUAAAAGCCGUGCUUGGUCCCGGUUCCGACCCCACAAAGGCCGUGCCUUGUCCCGGUUCUGUCCCCAAAUGGGCCGUGCUUUGUCCCGGUUCCGACCCCAUAAAGGCCGUGCCUUGUCCCGGUUCUGUCCCCAAAUGGGCCGUGCCUUGUCCCGGUUCCGACCCCAUAAAGGCCGUGCUUGGUCCCGGUUCGGUCCCCGGUCCCGGUUCCGUCCCCAUAUCAGCCGUGCCCCCCCCAUGUCUGUACCCCCCCUUUCGGGCCGUGCCUUGGCCCGGUUCGGUCCCCAUACGGGCCACGUCUUGUCCCGGUUCCGACCCCCCAUAUGGGCCGUGCCUUGGCCCGGUUCCGUCCCAUAUCAGCCGUGCCCCCCCCCCCAUAAUGACAAGGUCCCGGUCCCGGUUCCGGUUGGGGUUUAUUGGGGGGGUCCCGUCCGGGCUGUUCGCUCCCGAACCCAAUAAAGAUCCUGACGGUACCGAA